AUGGAGGCUCCUGAGCAAGUCAAGAAGAAUUCGUACGCAGAGGUCAAGUCACCCAAUGUGGAGAAUGCCAUUUCGCUUGGUCAGCGCGAAAAUGGUGCUUCUGCUACCAUCAGUGGUGUUGUCUACGCGGCGCUGAAUAACUAUUUGCACAUGUCUGCGACUCUGGUUGCAACGGCGGUUGCACUCAUCCAGUUUCCUCGCAGUCUCCGUGUGUUCACCGGUAUGCUAACGGACACAGUUCCGAUCUUUGGUUACCGUCGUCGUCCGUACAUCGUGAUCGGAUGGGGAAUGACGUUCCUGUCGUGCUUCCUCAUGGCGGUGUUACCUCUUGGUGAUCCGUACUACGGCGAUCAAUCCAUUGCUGACCUGGACACUGCUGAGCUCACCCCCGAGCAGCUCGCGACGAUCGACACGGACGCUCCUAACCGCGGUAUCAAGAUGAUUAUCCUGAUGAUGUUCGCUAACUUCGGUACCGUCCUCGCGUACAGUGGCUUCAACGGCACUAUGAUCGAAAUCUCGCAGCAGGAGCCCGCUCAUCUCCGCGGUACCGCUAUGGGUGACUGUGACGUUGUCUUCUACUGGUUUGCGGUUGUAUCGGCCUUCUUCACGGGUCUGGGUCUCAACAGCGAAGACUAUGGCGGCACCUUCUCGUGGUCUGUCGGCUUCAACGCGAUCAUGGGCGUUUGCGCCGCUACGUCACUCAUUGUGCUGCCGUUCUGCUGGUGGUGUAUCCAAGAAGAGCGCGUCACGUCCGGUCCGUCCAAGUCGGUCUACACGUUCCUCUAUGAGCUGCUCCAACGUAAAACUAUCUACCGAUACAUCGCCUUCCGCUUCUUCUACAAUGUGAUGGCCAUGAUUUCUGUGACUUCGGCCAGUGCGAUCCAAAGCACGUGGGCUGGCGUUGAGCCCAUUAAUAACGGUAUUGCAACCAUGUUGGCUGCUUUCCUGACUAUGCUCGGAACCCAGUGGUUCUGGCUUGGUGUUCCCUUGCUCGAGAAGAUCCCAUUCGCCGCAACUGACUUUGUCGGUGCUCUGUUCAUGCUCGAGGUUGACAGUGAAGACUUCGAAGCCACUCUAUUUGGUUUGGCUGUGACCUCGCAGCGUGUUGGUAUCCCGUUCGCGACGGUGAUCACAAAAUCUAUCGACGGCUACUUCGACAUUGAACGCGAGUACAUUCAGCAGGAUGACCACCACGUGCGCUCGCAGGUCACAUACGCUUACCUGAUCGCCUACGCUGUCAACCUCCUUGCAAUCGUGUUCGUUGUGCUGCUCCCGCGCCAGAAGGAAGAGCUUCACCGUAUGCAGCGUGACAAUGCCACGAACAAGAUCAUGGGUAUCGCUACCAUCUGCGUUCUCAUCUUCGCUCUGGCCUGGUCGCUCAUGACCAACAUCCUCAGUCUGUUCGACUCGACGAGCUGCCUGCGCAUUGCUGGUGGUAGCGGAUGCUAG